CACAAAUAAACAUACUCAAGUCUUUAGAUUUUAAGACUUCACUUCUUACUUCGUUUCCUCGAAAUUUCAUUUGAAGAAAGGGAGUGCUUCACACAUCUAAGCCUAAAAGAGUGAGUUGCUCUUGACUUGUGUCAGCGAAAGCAGUUCUCAUCAUAAAAGAGGGAACUGAUUGUCAUUUCUCAUCCCAAGAUAAAAAUGAUGGCUCUCUGUAUCCCUGUAGUGGCAAUUCUUACUCACUUGAGAGAGAGCAUGAUGCUCGUGGCUGUUCAAAUCCGGGUAUGGCUGAAGCAGCCAGAGGUAUGGAGAUUUGUGGGACUUGCUUCAACUGUUGUCGGAUUGAUCUGUUUUGCUCUCAGCUCAGUCUUCAACCAUUUAUUCGGAAAGUGGUACUCAUGGAAGUUAUCUCUUUAUAUUGUUGUCAGUGUCUUCAUCUGUCUCUUGAUUUUGUUUCCAGAGAUAUGGCAACGCUUCUUGAUCAGUCCCCGGUUCAAAACUCAUUCACCAUUUUGGGUUGCUUCCAUCACCUCUGUGUAUUCCUUUUUCUUUGACAAAGCCGUAUCUGGGAAACCCGACGUAUAUAACCUGAUUUCGUGUGCUUCCUUUGCCAUCAUGUCACUCAGUUUGUCAAGACGAACUCAUUGUGGAUUGGAAAAGGAUCUUUUAUAUUUUUUUCUGGGAGUUCUAAUAGUACGACUCAUGAUGAUUAAAACAGCUUUAGGUGUUGUUGGAGUAUGUUUUGGCUAUUUCCUUCAUUCUCUUUGUUCCUCAGGUGCUACUGCUACUCCACCACAAUAUGUUGAACUCCAAGGUGAACCUUCUCCACAACUCCACUCCGUAGUCAUUGAAGCUGAUGAUUCCCCACAAGCGGCAAGUACUGAUAUUGCUGGUAUGGCUAAUCAACUCAGGACUUGUAUGAAGAAGCUUAAACAGAAAUAUCUGAAUGUCACCUACACGCUUUUCCCACAUCUCGAACAUAACUAUCAACUGUCAGUGACGGACCACAACUACGUGAUCGAUGCGCUUCCCUCGAGAUUGAUCAAUGAUCUUCAUGAGACUGUGAAGGUGAUGAUGGAAGCUGGGUUUGAGAAGGAGUGCUACGAUGUGUACACCAAAAGACGGAAGGAAUGCUUGGAGGAUUGUCUAAUAAAUAAACUAUUGUUCGGAGAAGAGAUCAACAUCGAGAAGGAGAAACGUACAGAGAUUGAAUUCGAAGAUUUCAUGAUUAGAAGAUUGGGUAAAGCUUGCAAGGUGGCUCUCAGGAUACUAUUCCCUGGUGAGCAGCGACUAUGUGAUCGUGUCUUCUUAGGUUUCUCUGAUUCUGCUUAUCUUUGUUUCAUAGAUGUUUGUCAAGGAGCCACCAUUAAGUUGUUGGAUUUUGUUGACGCGGUUGCUAGUGGGAGCCCCUCAGCUUGGCGUUUGUUCAAAAUCAUAGACAUGUUUGAGACAUUGCGUGAUUUGAUUCCGGAAUUCCAAUCAUUGUUUCCUGAGUCAAUGGUAAAUGAAGCAAUCAAAAUACAGAACAGAUUGGGAGAAGCAAGCAGAGAUAUUUUCUUGGACUUGGGGAAUCUGAUUUCCCGUACUCCGGGAAACUGCUGGCUUCUUCCAAUGACCCAAAGUGUCAUAAACUGUAUCAUUGCUGCUCGAGAAUCACGGCAGAUUCUGGAGCAAAUUUUAGAAGAAUACCCCAAGGUUGGUAAUGAAGUGGGAAAAUCUUCAUUUUCUGCACAGAUGGAAUGGAUGAUAGAGCUAUUAGAAAGAAAAUUGAUAGCAGAGUCCAAAAACUUUGAGGACCCUGCUUCGCACUAUUUUUUCAUGAUGUUAAAUUGGAGUUACUUAGAACAGAAGGCAAAAGAAGAGGGAUUGGGAACCAUGUUGGGUGAUGAUUGGUUCCCAAGAAAUGAAGCGAAAGUCAGAAAAUACCUUGAGCUCUAUCUAAAAAACUCAUGGGAAAUGGUACUGGAUUUUUUAAAAUUAGAGAGCUACGAGUCAGUGGUCCCCAAUGUUGUUACAUUAGAGUUCAUGAAAGAAAAGCUCAAUUUGUUCAACAAGCAUUUCCGCGAGACAUGCAACGUUCAAUCUACAUGGUUUGUCUUUGAUGAGCGACUGAAGGAACAAAUAAGAAAAUCCAUUGAAAACAUCUUGCUACCAACAUAUGGAAAAUUCAUUGGGAGGUUCGAGGAUGUUCUCGGUAAGCAUUCCGAUGAAUAUAUUAAGUAUGGAAUAGGUGACAUUCAAGAUCGACUCCACCAUUUAUUUCUUGGUAGUAAUGGGAUGAAUCAAUAGCUCAAAGAUAUUAAAAGGAAAUGCUACAAGAUCUUGAUUUGUGUUCUUGUGUUAUACUUAUACCGUUGUAUCUUUUUC